AUGAACAUCUUUACUAAGGUCCCCGGACUAGCCCAACAAACCAGCAAGCUGGGGUCUGUGCUCCAACGUGCCUUUUACGGGUCCAGCGGGAGGGUGACCCUUUUCGAGCAAAGGAACUUUGCUGGCCGGCGGCUGGACCUGAGCUCGGACUGUCAGAAACUCAGUGACAAGAACUUCCCUGAAAGAUGCAACUCUGUGCAAGUGGAGAGUGGAGCCUGGGUGGGCUACGAGCAUGAGAACUUCCGUGGGCGACAGUACUUGUGGGACAUGUCAGACAGGGGAGAGUAUAACUGCACAGAAAAGUGGUGUGCCCAGGGUGACCGCAUCGCUUCUGUACGCUCCGUCAGACAGGACACGAACCUUGCCCGUGCCCAGUUGUUUGAAAGGUCGGGUUUCUCCGGGAAGAAGGUCGAGCUUCAGGAUGAUAUUCCCAACAUGAUGACCCGAUACAGCUUGAACAGAGCCUCCUCAAUCAGGGUGCUGGGUGGAGCCUGGGUGGUGUACCAGGAACCCAACUACAGAGGACCACACUUCAUCCUGGAGAAGAAAGACUACAACAACUUCUCAGACUGGGGCGCUCAGAGCAGCACUGUGGGCUCCAUGCGCAGGGUCCGUUUCAGCUGA